UCUGACAAAUCUAAGCGCAUUGAAAUCGUAACAACUGCUUCCAUGCCGUGGCGGACCGGGACAGCUGUCAACCCACUACUGCGAGCGGCGUACUUGACACGGGGACGAAAGGCUGCCGGGGGUAGCGUUACUCUCAUGUUACCCUGGCUAGAACGCAAAUUAGAUCAGGAAAACGUAUAUGGAAAAGAAAAUACUUUUGAAUCUCCUGUGGAGCAGGAAGUAUAUAUUCGAGCAUGGCUCCGUGAAUCGGCCAACAUGCCUGAAGCCAGCGAAGAGCUAAACAUAAGAUGGUACACUGCCUGGCAGAAUUCGGUUGAGAAUUCGAUUUAUAGUAUGGGCGAUAUCACGGCAUUAAUCCCGGCAGACGAAGUGGAUAUUUGUAUAUUAGAAGAACCAGAGCAUCUGAACUGGUAUGGUUUGCUUUGGACUAAAAAAUUCAAGCACGUCGUUGGAAUCCUACAUACAAACUACUUCCAAUACGCUCUUGAUCAGCCAGCUGCAUUCAUCAGGGCACCCGCCAUGCGACUUUUGUGCUCGUGGAUGUGUCGUGCACACUGUCAUCGCGUCAUUAAACUUUCAGGAACACUGGACGUAGUUGCGCCCGAAAAGGAAUUGGUCGAGAAUGUGCAUGGAGUGCGAGAAGAUUUUCUCGAAGUCGCCGCAAAGCUGCGUGAUAAAGUAUUAGCAGCUGAUCAUGUUAAAGAUCCCAUUUUUGCAUCGGACUCGCCUCCAACUGUUUAUUUCAUUGGAAAGAUGCUCUGGUCAAAAGGAUUAGGGUCGCUAAUGGAGCUUUUGAAGUAUGCAGAAGAGAGUGCCGACCUGAAUGUUAAGGUUGAUAUGUACGGGUCCGGGCCGGACCAAGGCGCAGCUACAGCAAAGGCAAAAUCACUCGAGCUCGACAUGCCCUUUCAUGGCCCCGUUGACCAUGUUGAGCUUGGAAGCACUCAUAAGAUAUUCGUCAACCCAUCUACGUCAGAAGUUCUUUGUACCACAUCGGCUGAGGCUUUGGCUAUGGGCAAGUUCGUAAUUUUGCCUUCGCAUCCGUCAAAUGACUUUUUUGCCCAGUUCCCGAACUGUUUAGCAUAUAGUUCCAAAGAGGAGUUCGUCGGUAAUCUAUACUAUGCCAUAACGCAUUCACCUGAACCUCUAGCGGACGAGUAUUCACAUGCUUUAAGCUGGGAAGCAGCAACGCAACGACUC